ACGCACCGCCCUCCUGGAACUACAUUUCCCGACAGGACGCUGGCGCGCGCACGCGCACCGGGGCCUCCACCAUGGCGACAGUGCUGUCCAGGGCACUUAAGCUCCCGGGGAAGAAGAGCCCAGACCUCAGCGAGUAUGACCCCCUCACGCAGGCCGACAGUGACGAGAGUGAAGAUGAUCUCGUGCUGGACUUGCAGCAGAAGAAUGGAGGGGUCAAGAAUGGGAAGAGUCCUCUGGGGGAAGCCCCAGAGCCCGACUCCGAUGCUGACCUUGCAGGGGCUGCAAAGCCUCACCUUUCCGAGGUCAUCACGGAGGGGUACCCCUCGGAAGCCCUCGGAGGCCUGGAGCCGAAGGCAGCUUCCUCCCUCGUGUCCUACAUACGCACAUCUGUGUUUCUGCUGACUUUGGUGAUCUCAAUGAUCCUGGUGCUCGUGUGUGCUUUCCUGAUCCCCUGCCCGCCCAGGGAUCUGCACAGCACUUGGAGCCGCCGCCUGCACCCCCAGGGAGGUGGGGACCUGUCUCCUUUGGAGUUGGCCGAUGUGAACGGCGAUGGCCUGCGUGAUGUACUUCUCUCCUUUGUAACUGCAAGGAAUGGGAGUGCAGUCGGUGUCUCAAGGCCAACUGCUGUUCUCGUGUGCCUUUCGGGGAUGAAUGGCAGCACACUCUGGUCUAGUCCCCUCCCUGAGGAGGCUCGAGAUAUUACAUGUUUGGACCUGCUGCCAGGAAGCAUGGCUGGGACCAUCUGCCUUGUGACAGGGACACACAAGAUGUUCAGUGCAUUCAACGCGACAGCAGGGAAGACUAUCUGGACUUUAAACCCGAACUACUUAGCCAACAGUACCCUGGCUGCCCCAGGGGUGGUGCUGCCGGACGUGGAUGAAGACGGCGUUCGAGAUCUUGUGGUUCUGGCUGUUGGGGAAUCACAGCAAGAUUUGUGCUUUCUGCUGGUGUCUGGCCGGACAGGGAGGCCAGUAGGCCGAGCUGUGAAGUACAGCAUCGUAGGAGAGGGGAAUCUGAUCGGUCCUCAGGUUUACAUCACCGCAAAUGGAGCUGUCUACAUCCUGUUUGGACUUGGAAAUAUCCAAGCUGCCGCCCUGCGGGACAUUUUUGUUCAGGCCCAAAAUCGGGACAGCUCACCACCUUCUCUACAGAGAGAAGAGCCGGAGUGGGAAAAGCGAAGAUCUGUCAACCUGUCUGAACUGAUUGACAUUUACAGCGAUGGUGUCGAGCAGCUCCAGAUGGUAAAGGCACCGGAUUCCAACUGCAGCAGCCUCCUGAUUACCACCCGACAGUCCCUGGUCCUGCUUCGAGGGCAGACGCUCACGCCAUACUGGACACUGAGACUUCGCGGUCUACACAGCCAGCCUACUCCUGGAUAUUUCACUGAUGAUCAGGUGUUAGACUUCCUUCUGCAGAUGGAGGAUGGAGUUGGGAUGAAAAAGGUGAUGGUGGUGGACGGGCACUCUGGCUCUGUUACUUGGAAUCACAGUGUUCCCUGUCACAUGAAACAGACACCAACCUCCUCAGCGGUUACUUCAGACCAGAAGUCUGUCUUCCUCUUUUGGGCUGAGGGGCUGUCAGCCACGUCUCCCAAUUCCGAUGUCAUCCCAGGAAUGGAGCCAUCCAGCCUUUACCACCUUUACCUCCUGCAUCCAGCGUUCCCUUCCAUUCUUCUGGAUCUGGCCAAUGCCACAGGCACAGUCACAGCUUCAGAGGUUGGAAUUAACGACCUCUGGAAAGAUGCCUUUUAUGUUACCAGGACAACGGGGCCCAGCUCCAAGGGCCACCCAGCACCCCUGGUGGUCAGCAAGCUUAGUCUACGGUGGGCACUGAUGGAGGGCCAGAUGGUCCAGCUAAAGGAGACCACCCCCAAAAUUGGCCGUGGGGAGCUGCGAAGAUUUCUCUCUCGAAUCAAGUUUGUUGAUUCUCCCGCGCAGAUCUAGUCUGAUGGAAUCUUCAGUUGGAGCAGAAGUGAACAGAAUGGAUACUGUCCCUCCCCUGUGAGUGCAAAAUCAGUUCUUCGGAGAGAAGGAAGAUGUCUUCGCCUCACCUCACCACCUCCGUGGGUGCUGCAGAGCACUGUGGAAGGCACUCCGGCGCUCUGACGGCGUGAGCCGUGUGGUCGGGGUACUUCACCUACUUUUUCAGUCUGUGCAUUAACCCCCUCCACCAGGUACUUUGUAGAUAACGUGGAAAUGUGAAUCUUAUGUUUAUUUUUUUGUAUGUCUAAUUUAUAAACUCUUUCUUGGAAAUUCUAGUGAAGUUCACUGGAACAUUUUGUUUUGCAUUAUGCCAUGUGUGUAUUUUUUCAGCAUUGUGAUGAAAUGUUUUCUAGAUGUGUCCCGAGCUCCAGGGACCCAGUUUCUUGUCCUAAAAUACAUCUGGUUUGUUUGAUCACCUUAAAGCUUCCACAUGGCCUCCAUCUGAUUUUUAGGGCCACUCAUCAUUUCUCUCCUCUCCCCCCGCCUGUUCCUCGGCUGCUUCCCAACCUUCGCAGCAGAGAAACACUGAGAGCGGGAGACCGAACCAGCUGCUAAGCGUUUCCACCCCUUCCUUGCCUUGUGCAUCCUGCCGCCUCACACUUCCAUGCUUAUAUAUUUAGCGACCAUACAAUAACCAUAUUCCUAUUGUAAAGGGAGCAGAGAUGAGGUCCAUAUGUCACCAUGUGGUUUUAAUUGUUCUGCUGGUCAUGAUCUUUUUUUAUUGUGGUAAAUGUGUAUGCUGUGCUCAGUUUAGAGGAAAACUGAGGUCAGGAACAGUGGGGGCAGAUAUUGUUCUCUCUGCUUCAUCGCUCGCUACUCUGCUUUCUUAGCAUCUUCUACUAGCUGUCCUCCUUACUGCUUCUGUUUUGCUCUUUUAUUCAGGGAUAUUUUUGCUUUGCUUGCAUGAGAGCAAAGCUGUUUUUGGACUUUUGUUCUUGCUCGAGUCCGGUAUGCAGCCAGUGUGCCCUGCACUUCUCCUUUCUUGUAGAGCCUUCAAAGCACUGUAUUUUGAGGAAAACUUCCUAUGUGAAUACUAGAACUUUUAUAAUUGGUUAGGUUCUUUAGAAUUUCCUCCAGCGAUUCUCCCUUCCCCUGUAUAAAUAUAUAACUUACAUCAGGUUCUCUCCCAAACUUCGAGGUCAUUGUUUAUUCAGCAGAAGACCCCACAUGAGCUGGAGAAGAGCCACUUUCCUUCUUGAAUAAUGUGGAUAGGUCAUCACUGAGUGCAGCUCAGGUUCUCUCUUUACUAGAGCCUGCAUCUAUUUAGCUUAUGUUCAUAAAGGAAUUCCAGAAAAUUUAGAGAUUACUGAAAAUUAGGGACCCUAAAUUCAAGGGGUAUAAAUGUUGCCCCUCUGGUAGGCAUUAUGACAUAACAGAAGGCUGGUAGCAAACUCCCCCCAGGCACUAGCCCGGCCUACAGGUUGGCCUUGCCAGCUUUCUGGACACCUUGCUGCCGUACGCCUGUGAAAACAGAUUUGGUUUUAACACUUUGGAUGGCAUGCGUAGGGGCACGUGUAGGUCAACUUAUUGUAAACUUGGGGCCAUUUAUAGCAUACCCAAGAGUGUGGGGAUGAUUCCAGAUGUACUUCUAGGGUUUGAAUCUAUUUGGGUAGAAGAGCCUAGGAUCCAGUUCAGUCUAGUAGAGGACUCUAAAGACAAAUUUAUAGUUGACUGAAUAGCUAAAACUUGGGCGGUGGUGCCGUGGCCUGGGCCAAGCCCUCUAGGCCUAAACUUGGUUCUCUACCAUGUCGAAGUUUUCUGGGAAGGCAUCCACUUUAGGCAGGAGUAAAAUGUGAAGAUGUUUUCCGAGGACCGGAUUUGGGGGGAUUGUUUCGGGCAGAAGACUGUAUUUAUGCUGGGCGAGCCCCAGAAACGUACAGGAAGCUAAAAUAACAUAGUCCUUAAAUUCUUCAUGGUAUAUUUGCUAAUUAACUUAACCUGGAUUGUUUUGACUGUGAUAAGUUUGAAUCUCUUUGCUAAAAACAUAGUACAAGCUCUAGGUGUCUUCUUCCCCUUGCAGCGAGUACAGAGGGCGGAAAUGGUGGCAAAGAUUGAGGAAGCUCCAUCUGACCAGCGCAGGUGCUGGUCUCUUGUCCAUUGUAUCUCUAAACUUCCUUUUCCUUGCUGGCACUCAUCCAUCCAGAUUUCUUUCUUCAUUCCCAACAUGGCUUUGCCAGCAAAGCCAAUGUGACAACUACCUAGAAGUAGUAAUGACUUCUGCAAAUGCAGGAGUCUUUCUCCUCCCAAUCUGUUCUCUUUUCUUCCCUCACAGACCUUCCCAUCUAUCCUAGAUUACGUUCUCCUCAUCCCCCAGAUGGUCUCUACUCUCCCUUCUAGUGUGGUAUGAUGGUACCAACCCCUUGAAUGUGAAUUGCAAUCCUUAUUGCCCACGUUAAAGAAGAGCCAGCUGGUAUAUUGUCAGGGAGCACUAUUUAAAAUGUGAAUUGUUACUGAACAAAUAAAUACUGUGUAUGGGAA